AUGCCACUGUCGUCGAUUGCCAGUCAGAAUCAUGAUUCCAAGAGGACAUCGUUGCUUGACUACCUCAGUCUUCCCAAUCCUGCCCUCUCCUUAGUAGAGCGCGUUAUGGAGCCUGGGCCAAGUCGUGACAAGCACUUCUUCUUCGAUGUACGCAAUGUACGCAGCUGGUCUGAUUUCAGCGUCGAAAGUAUGCUUGGUGUACCAGAGUUAAAAUCGCUGCUUUAUCGCGAAAUGCAGUGCGGCACCCUUUCGACGCUUCAUCCUGUUGGCACCUCACCAGCCACGCGUGAGCAGUUGCACCUAGCAUAUCGUGACCAUUUUGGAGUCAAGCUUAAUGCAGCUCUCAAGUCAUCACUUGCUCAAUCAACCCUGCAGAUGCACAGUAACACAGGCGACAAUACCCAUAUGCUACCAGACUUCACCUCGACUGUCAUCAAGAGUCAUGAGCGGAUUCGUGUCGUUGGGAUAGUGCUAUGUUACGAACAGUGGCGCAGCGAUAUGCGCCACGGCAGCCUCGCAGAGCGAGUGCGCUACCUAUCAGGCCUGGCACGUCUGCAGCACUUCUUCCGCGAAUACGGUUGCCGUUAUGGCUUCAUCAUCACAGAAAUCGAACUCGUGUGCGUACGCUAUGGCGGCGACGACAUGAUCUACGAGUUCAAAAGAUCCGAGUCUAGUCCCUCGUUCACAGAAAUUUCGUCUUCUGCUCCCAUCCCCAUCUUUGGUUACUUGGAAGUCAGUAACGCUAUAGCUUUAUCCGAGCAACACACGCGAAAUGGCAAGGACUUUAACAUGACAGCUGGGCUGGCGCUUUGGUACCUGCAUAUGCAGGCUUGUGACGAACCACUUCCGGGACAUCAACAUUGGAAGCUAGAGAUCGGCAAACCUUCCGCCAUGACGAGGAAGAAACACUUGGUCAGAGAUGCAGGGAUGCCCAAGCCGGUCUUUGUGGAGACGAGAAGGGCGAAGAGGAUCAGAGGCUGGAUCUGGCCAAAUGAAGAGUUCAACAAGAAGGAAUCUGGGAAGGGUAGGCGAUCAGUCUUGGGGAAGUGA